UAUUUAUUUAUGUAUAUAGAAUAUAGAAGUCUAUAUUCUACAGUUGGCAGAGAUUGAAACCCAUUACUAUCAGGAUACCAUCUACCUUAAACUUGAGAACUCUGGCAACUUAUUCCACAAUGUUGAGAUACUGGGGUGAGAUACCGAUGUCAUCCAGCCAGACCAACAGAAGUUCCUUCGAUUUGCUCCCUCGGGAAUUCCGCCUGGUAGAAGUCCAUGACCCCCCGCUGCACCAGCCCUCCGCCAACAAGCCCAAGCCCUCCACCAUGCUGCCUGUCCCCUCAGAACCGUGCAGCCUCACCAUCCACACCAUUCAGUUGAUUCAGCACAACCGACGUCUCCGGAACCUUAUCGCCACUGCCCAGGCCCAGAGUCAGCAGCAGACGGAAGGUGUCAAGACAGAAGAAAGUGAACCGCUUCCCCCCUGCCCGGGGUCCCCCCAACUCCCUGAGGACCUCCUGCCCUUGGACUGUAAGAACACCAACACACCAUUCCAGAUCCGGCACAGUGACCCAGAGAGUGACUUUUAUCGAGGGAAGGGGGAGCCUGUGACCGAACUCAGCUGGCAGUCCUGCCGGCAGCUCCUCUACCAGGCAGUGGCCACAAUCCUGGCCCAUGCAGGCUUCGACUGUGCUAAUGAGAGUGUCCUCGAGACCCUCACUGAUGUGGCCCAUGAGUAUUGCCUGAAGUUCACCAAGUUGCUGCGCUUUGCUGUGGACCGGGAGGCCUUGCUGGGACAGUCCCCUUUCCCUGAUGUUAUGGAGCAAGUGUUCCAUGAAGUGGGCAUUGGCAGCGUGCUGUCUCUCCAGAAGUUCUGGCAGCAUCGCAUCAAGGACUAUCACACGUACAUGUUACAGAUUAGUAAGCAGCUCUCUGAGGAGUAUGAGAGGAUUGUGAACCCCGAAAAAGCCACGGAGGACAGCAAGCCUGUGAAGAUCAAGGAGGAGCCUGUGAGCGACAUUGCCUUCCCGGUCAGCGAGGAGCUGGAGGCUGAUCUUGCUCCUGGAGACCAGACUCUGCCCAUGGGGGUUCUUGGGGCACAGGGCGAGCGCUUCCCAUCGAACCUGGAGGGCGAAGCUUCCCCUCAGGCUGCAAGUGCAGAGGUAAAUGCCUCUCCCCUUUGGAAUCUGGCCCAUGUGAAAAUGGAGCCUCAAGAGAGUGAAGAGGGUAAUGUCUCUGGGCACGGUGUGCUGGGCAGCGACGUCUUUGAGGAGCCCAUGUCGGGCAUGAGUGAAGCUGGGAUCCCACAGAGCCCAGAUGACUCAGACAGCAGCUAUGGCUCCCACUCCACUGACAGCCUCAUGGGCUCCUCCCCUGUUUUCAACCAGCGUUGCAAGAAGAAGAUGAGGAAAAUAUAAGAGGAAAAUGGAUAUUUUCUGUUCUGAGCUACAGCCCGCAACAGAAUACCUUGAUGUUUUA